AGAUCGUUAUUUAUAUUCUUUGGUCGUUAUAACCCGUUGGUGAUUCGGCAAACAAAAAAACAACUUUAGUGUAGUUGUGUAAACCGCAAGCGCGUCUAUAGGUAUAGAAUCAUGUUUAUACUACAAUACACUAAGAAAAAAGUUUCUAUAGAUUCUUUUCACUUUUACUACAACUGUUUACUAAAUAUUUAUAGUCUAAAUCUGAUCUUUAAUUUGAGUACUAAAAGAGUUGUAAGAGCAAGUGUUCAAGCAAUGAUUUUCUUAAUAAUGCAAACCAAUGCACCUGUGCAAUAUACAAAUACAAUAUAAACCGUUUAGGAGAAGGAUCUAAAUCAAUAUUUGAUAGAACGGAAAUAAAGCAGGGAAUUAUUAAAGGCGAUGAAGAGAAAGAACACCGUACCGUUAUGACCAUAAAAGAAGAUCAGUCAGGUUCUACCAAGUCACGAACAUCAAGAAAGCGAUCUCUUUUACCGAGUUCAAGUAGAAUUCGUUACAGAUAUAAUCCCCAAUCUCAUUCUUCCAGUCACUCCAGAGAUAGAUUAGAGGAACACAAAGUUUAUAAGGAUAAUUAUGCAGAGAAAGAGGAUGAACGACGUAGUACUCGUUCACGUUCUAUAGAACACAAACGUAACUCGCAUUCUAGAUCACUUAUAGAAUAUGAAUAUUGUUAUAAGAGAUAUCGUGAGAAAUCACGCGAACGUUCUCGUGAAAGUAGAGAUACAGAAAGAAGCAGAGAUAUAGAUAGAAAGAGAGACAGAGACAGAGACAAAAAUAAAUAUAGAGACAGAAGCAGAAGCAGAGACAGAGAUAAAGAUAGAGACAGAGACAGAAUCAGAGAUAGUGAUAGAAAUAGGGACAGUGACAUAGACAGAGAAAGGGAUAGAGAGAGAGAGAGAGAGAAAGAUAGAGACAGAGAUCAAGACAAAGGCAGAUACAUUGAACGAAGAGAUGUAGAAAAUUACAUUGGACCAUUACAACUAUAUUCAGCAGAUUCUCUUCAUCCUUACAACUUUCCGAGACCAAUUAUUCCUAUAAUGGGCCCUAUUCCACUACCAAGAGGAUUUAGACAAGUUGCUCCUUUAGGAAGAAUUCGAUAUCCUCCUCCAGUAGGACCGAUCAGACUACCAUAUCCUGGUCCGACUAUGUAUAGAUAUCGUGCUCCAUAUACAAAGUAAUCUAAAUUUUAUGUAAGUGUAAGGAUUUUCUUUAUGUGCUAUCUUAUUUGUACACAUAAUUCUUAUACACGUGAUUUGAAAAAUUUCAAAUUAUGUAGCUGAUUGAUUUUGUCGUGUUUUAAUUUAAAUCAAGAUUGAGAAAGUAAACAAUUGAGAUAUUUAUUGAUUGUUUGGAUUUGCUGUACGCUUUGUUAUUUUAUCAGCCAACUUUUUCACUUCCUAGAUAAGUUCUCGAUAAUUAAUGAUUGACUGAGAAUUAUCUCGGGCUCUGACGUCUUUAAACUAAUACAUGAAUAUAUAUAAAUCGUGGAGAGCCGUUCGCUGGAUGUUGUGCGGAAAAUAUGUCUAUAUAUA